GCUACAAUCUACCAUCUCACAUCGCCAGAGUGUGUACAUUCUCGUCCGUUCGUACGCUCGGAUUGUGGUGCUGAAGCGUGUGUAUGCAUUGGAGUACGGUUCAGUUAUAUUCGCAAAACAGUUCGGACCGCUGUGUCUUCGUGGUGUCGUGCUACGUGUGUACAAUUUUCCCCGGUUGUGUAUUAUUUUUGAGCAGGAUUUCUGUGCGACUGUCCGGCUGACGGAUUGACAUUUUCAGCCGUACCGGGUGUGAAGGUUCUGACCAGGCUCAUGGAGAGCUAAAUAAGAACGACUGUAUUGAUUGCAUGUUGGCCGUAAUGAGCCGUUCCGAAUGUGUAAAAACUUCCGUCUUGAAGCUAGUGAAGUGAAACGUGUCGCAAAGGAUUGUGUAGGAGGAUUAGAUCCAAAGAUACAUGACGCGCGGAGUUUUAGAAAUUUCCUGUGACGUAUAGAAGCAUGAAAUACCUUUUAAAAAACUGUGCCCGCAAGUGAUCGAAUCCAUUCCGUGAUUCCGCUGAAGAACUACGCCGCAAUCGGCAAGUGAAUUUGUCAGUGUAAUUUCCUUCCAAUCAACCUUCUCCAGAAAGGGAGGGAGAAAGAAAUUAUUCAAGUGUGAUUUUUCCGGAUUUGUUUACAUCACCACCGUAGCAAACCGCGCGCACAUAGGCGCUGCAAAGUGAUUGAAAGAAGUAAACUACGAAGAAGCUAAAAAAAGCAGAAGAAGUAAGGGUAGGGGUUGAAGAUUGUGAACCUUUUGUUUCACGUGUUCCAGCGGGGUGACUACUGCGCGCCUUGGGUGUGCUGUUGUAGCAAAAAUAGGCACUCAAACGACCGCCACCCCACGAGAAGAAAGGUGUUUUCAGCGGAGUCUUGCAGUGUACCUAAAAUUAGUACACCAGUGGUCCGGUGUCGGUGCAAAAGUCAAUACCUCUGGAGGUGGUUCUGAGCGCAGCAGUUGGAAAUGUUCAUUUGUUUAUAAGCAAAGAAGCGCGAGGAAGAAAUUUAAGAAUUUUCAUCAAAACAACACACUGCUCGGAGUGAUUAGUGCGAGCGGAAGAGUACCAGAAGCCGAGUGUGUUGAAUGUGUGAAGAUUUUCAUUCAUGGGUUUUUUUUUCUGUGACCGGGGUAAUUUCCUUGGAUUGUUGUGAACAAAAGGCUGUUGAGAAGAGUAUAUAAGGUGAAAGCCGAAGUUCUGUUUUUUUUUGUGGGAUUGAUAAAUUGGUGCUUUUUCAAACGCGUGAUGUCAACUGAUUGCUGCUGUCCCAUUCGAGAAAAUCAACAACAAAAACAAUGAAGACGCUGCUAAACGCGAUGACGACAACUCACCGGGAUGACCUAAUGCGAAUGGUGGUAAUAAUAGCAUCAUCAUCAUCAUCAUCGUCGUCGGUGGUAGGUUCUACUUCGUGCAAGGUCAACUAAAUCAACCCCUUUUCGGGCUUCGGUCGUCGUCGUCGUCGUGGUUGAAGAACUAGAAGAAGCAUUUUGCAUCAGAUCAGUGAGAAGGGAGAGGAGAUCUCUACGUCGCAAUUUUCAGUGCUUGUGCAGUGGUGCUGUAACGGUAUGCAACCGUUUCCUCAUCUGUGAGGGGGUGGCUGUUCGUUGAGUUUUGAGGAAAUCGACCCAGCAGGAGAGCGAGAAAUACAGAGAACUUCAUCCCCCGAUUUGCAAGUCGAAUCAGGAGAGCGGAGCACGUGAGAACAUUUUUCGUGAGCGGGACUGUGUGUGUGUGUUUGUGUGUUCGUGCAUACUGCAUUCGGUGCAAUUGCGCGCAGUGUAGAAACUAGGCAAGUGCAUUACCGUCUCGUUUUCCGUCCUUAUUCCUUCCCCGCCCCCCGAAAGGGUUGGCCGAGCCAAAAUGCUCUCCUAUAUGCUACCAGUUGAGGAAAAAUCGCCCUCAGUGACGGCGGCCAGUGCUGCUGCUGCGGCGCGAAAUCUAAGUUUGAAUCUGAAUAAUACUACCACCGGAGGCGGUGCUGGCAAUCCCGGAACGAAUUCGUCGUCGGUUGUGAUUCCGGGCGGUUCCGGCAAGUCGUUGCAUAAGUGCUCCACGGGGCGUCCGUCGUCCGGGACAACCGUCACGGGAAAGGUAAUCAAAUCGGCCAUCAAAACAAACCAUCGCUACAACCUGGUACCGUCGACGGUGGAGGAAAACGGGAAGGCCAAGAAGUUUAUAGUCAAACAGCAGCAGCGCAACGGAGAAGAAAGUGCCCGAGGUGGAGGGGGUGGUGCAAUUCAUAACGGUGGCGGUGAAGAUUUGAGUGUUGAUGAGCAUACCAGUCUGCUCGGCGGGGGUUCCAAGAGUGUUAAGAGUGAUAAAAAUUUCAACAAUCUGAUCCUGGUCAACGGAAACGGCAAUGUCAAUGGGAAGCUCGUGAGUGUGUUGAAGAAUUCCUCCCUGAAGAAUGGUGGUGGUGGAUUGAAUGGUGGUGACCAUGGUAGCAACGGCGGUGAUUCCCACCACAGGGUGGUCACCAGCCACAAUGGCUACAGUGCGGUAAAUAGCUAUGAAGAUGACGAAGAAAACGAAGACGAAGAAAAAGCCGAUACGGAAGCAGAAUACGAUUUGGUUGCGGCGAAUAAUCGCAAGAAUAUUCACCACCAGCAACAGCAAACGAUCAACGACGGUGCCAAAAUGAGCACCAGCGUUAGUGUUACGAAGAAUUUGAACGGAAUCAACGGCAACAACAAUAAUCUUCAGCAGCAGCAGCAGCAGCAGCAUCAGCAGCAACCGCCGCAGCAGCAAUCUUCGGUGGAAACGCCGAGCAGCGGCAUCAUUGUGGACACAAGCGAUGCCGACUCGGAACAGACCGCCGCCAGUGGUUGCGGCGGUGAUGGGUCCGGCGGUGGCAAGAAGGUCAAGAUGAACAAACUCGGCGGCAGCAAGAAUGUGACACUCAAGAGGGUCUCAUUCGGCUCGUCCAAGGGUUCGAUGGUGGAAACGUUGGUUUUCGAAACGCCGACACCCCUGCCGGAGCACGCCGAGCGGGAGUUCUUCCAUUCCCCAGCAGUGCUGGCCGGAGCUGGCACCACUGUAAACAGUGUACACCAUCAUCACCAUCACCAUGUCCCGCACUAUCAUCAUCCCAUGCAUCACAUCCAGCAACAGCAGCAGCAGCAGCAGCAACAGCAGCAGUCAGAUGGCAGCCUAGCAGGCCUGGACGACAGUGGCAUCGAACUGCAAGAAGAAGUUGAACGUUCCAAAGUGCGUGUGUCGUUUUUCCAAAGUAGUAAACCGCAAUCGAUAAGCCCCCCGGAGUCGCUGCUUUUCGGCGGUGGAAGCUACAAUCUUAUUCACUUUGGCGGUCCCGGAAGUGGCGGCGGUGGCGGUGGCGGAGGAGGAGGCUAUGAUAACAACAAUUCCCUGCUAGAUUCGUCCUAUAUCAGCUCGGCGGCACUCAAUCAGCAGUACGACUCGUUGCUGGCCGGACAUCAUCUUAGCGCAUUGUCACAGCAGCAGCAGCACCAGCUUCAGUACAAUCCGGACGAUCCAGCCGCAGUUGCAGCCAUGGCCGCAGUGAUGGCGUACGAUCGGGAGAUGAGCACCGAAUCUGGCUGGGACAACCCAUUCCGACCCGGUGGAGACCUGUCGCGGGAAGCAGACGAAAUAGUCAAUCUCAUUAAAGGUGGCAAACCGAUCACACCAACCGGCGACCAGAGUCUGCUAAACGGUAGCACACCAAAGGACAGCCACCCGGCGGAAAACGGUGGCAGUACGGUCGUGGAUGGCGUUGCGACAAAGCUCGAUUCGGCGCAACUCCAGAGCCAGCCAAAUGGAACGAAAUCUCCUCAGAAGGGCGGAGCCGGUGGUCCCGAUGCGGCCACCACGCCACAGAAAAACGGGUCCACGGCGGCGCAGGCCACCAGCCUAGCACCCUCGCAGACGGCGGCGAUGACCACGACGCCAGUCAGCAACCAGGUGAUACCGGGCCCCCAGUCCGCAUCGCACGUGGUCAUCGACGAGAAGAAGAAGAAAAAGUGCGCCUGCUGCGUUAUACAGUAAUAUUAUUCUAUACACACAUCUAUAUAUAUACAUCUAUAUAUAUAUAGGAUUGGAAACUACUACUACUACUACUACUGCAUGGUUUGUUGUAAGUAGUAGAGAGCAGUUGUGUACGUACGUACGUAUGCGUGUGUGUGCGUGUGCGUCUCAUGAUAGUUUUUGUUAUUCGAUUGAAACACUGCGUAAGUGUGCGUGUAUGUGUAUGUGUGCGUGAGAAAGAGUGGAUCGAAGGAAUUUGCUUUUCCAUAAUUUUUCGUUGUCGAAAUUGUUUUGAUUUUCUUUUUAAGUAAGUGUUUUUAUCCCACUUAUAAGUUGAAUUAGUUUAGUUCUUCACAUUCGCCGAUCAGUGAUGGACGGGAAGUAGAAAGCAAAAGUUUUAUAAUUAUUUACUUUACAGUGAGAGUAUCUAAAUUAUUGUUUACACAAGCAGAAACGUUGUGUAUGACAGGGGAACGAAUGAUGCGAGAAUGGAAAACGUGGAGAGGAAAACAAUAACGAUUAUGUAUCUCUGUGUAACUGUAAACCUAUGUAACAAUUUACUGUAAUUUAGGACAAAUAAUGCUUCGAUGGUGGGCUGCACCAUUUGCCGGGAUAUUUUCCCUCCGGAGAACUACCCGGUUGAAAUGGUACAUCCCACUGAACAAUGUUUUAUAUAUAGGAUUUUAAAUUAACAGACUCAGUUUCUUUAUAAUUAUUUAUAUAUUCGUAACAUGCAAGCAAGCAGAUAAAACAAAACAAUGGUAAUCUAUUAUGAUUAGUGAUGCGUUAAGCAAUGUUAGGUUCGGCAUUAGAAUGGGAAGGAUUGAUAUUCUGUAAAACACAUGCGAGAAUGGGGAACUCAAUUCAAAGUGCUACAUGAUAUGGUGCAAAUCUGAACAGUUUGUGGUCUCAUUAGUGUGAUUUGUUUUUACAGAUGAUCUAAAUUACCGUCAUUGUGAUGUAAGGGGCAACUAUUUGCCCUCAACAGGUGGAAUGCCUGUCUUUCCGGUUGCUCACUCGAGCUGGAUGUUUUCCCAAAAACACCUUUUCAAACGAAUAAGAAAAGUUUGAGUUUUGAUCAGUGAAAGUUGCGAGGUGAGCACUUUCCUUCUUUAGCCCCCUCCUCCUGUUUAGAUCACACAUGGCUUUAUAUUUGAAUGAGAAUCACAUAGUCGAACGGAAAGCGGUAUGAUUAUACAUUUUUGCAAUUUAUACUUUGAACUGUCUAUGCUAUUUGUUUUAGAUACAAGAAACCAUUGUAAACAGAGUCAUACAUUCAUUAUAAUUCAUAGAUCCACCUCCUGUUUGUCAGAAGAACAAGAAUAUGAACACACACGCGUCAGAUAUUGUCGGUAAAGCAGACUGCAGCUAACCCAUCAAGAGC